AUGGAUCACACCGUUUGGAACCUAAUUCUUGUAUUGUAAAUAGUUGUAUACAAUUCUUUAUUCUUUUCUAUAUCAUAUUUGUAAUUUUUAAUAGUAACAGACGUCCCUCGUGAAAAUCAACAAAUUGUUGACGAGGCUAACGUCUUUAAAUAAAGUUUACAUACAUACAUACAUACAUACAUACCGAGGACAAGGUACCUCACACUGAGGACGAGGUAAUUCACACUGAGGAUAAAGUUCCUCAUGCUGGGGACAAUGUUCCUCAUUGUGAGGACAAGGUACCUCACACUGAGGACAAGGUACCUCGCACUGAGAUCAAGGUACUUCGCACUCAGGACAAGGUUCUUCAAGCUGAGGAGAAUGUUCCUCACGCUGAGCACAAGGUUCCUCACGCUGAGGACAAGGUACCUCAAACAGAGGACAAGUUACCUCACUCUGAGGACAAGGUUCCUCAAGCUGAGGACAAGAUACCUCACACUGAGGACAAGGUACUUCAACUCAGGACAAGGUUCUUCACGCUGAGUGAAGGUUCCUCACACUGAGGACAAGGUUCCUCACGCUGAGGACAACGUCCUUAUGCUGAGAACAAGGUUUCUCACGCUGAGAACAGGUUUCCUCACGCUGAAUACAAGUUACCUCACGCUGAGGACAAGCUACCUCACACUGAGGACAAGGUUCCUCACGCUGAGGACAAGGUUCAUCACGCUGAGGACAAGGUUCCUCACUCUGAGUACAAGGUUCCUCAAGCUGAGGAAAAGAUACCUCACACUCAGGACAAGGUACUUCACACUCACGGCAAGGUUCUUGACGCUGAGUGAAGGUUCCUCACACAGAGGACAAGGUUCCUCACGCUGAGGACAACGUCCUAAUGCUGAGAACAAGGUUCCUCACGCUGAGAACAAGUUUCCUCACGCUGAGGACAAGUUACCUCACGCUGAGGACAAGGUACCUCACACUGAGGACAAGGUUCCUCACGCUGAGGACAAGGUUUCUCACGCUGAGGAUAAGGUUCCUCACGCUGAGGACAAAGUACCUCACUCUGAGGACAAGGUUCCUCAAGCUGAGGACAAGAUACCUCACACUGAGGACAAGGUUCUUCACACUCAGGACAAGGUUCUUCACGCUGAGUGAAGGUUCCUCACACUGAGGACAAGGUUCCUCACGCUGAGGACAACGUCCUGAUGCUGAGAUCAAGGUUUCUCACGCUGAGAACAGGUUUCCUCACGCUGAAUACAAGUUACCUCACGCUGAGGACAAGCUACCUCACACUGAGGACAAGGUUCCUCACGCUGAGGACAAGGUUCAUCACGCUGAGGACAAGGUUCCUCACUCUGAGUACAAGGUUCCUCAAGCUGAGGACAAGAUACCUCACACUCAGGACAAGGUACUUCACACUCACGACAAGGUUCUUGACGCUGAGUGAAGGUUCCUCACACUGACGACAAGGUUCCUCACGCUGAGGACAACGUCCUUAUGCUGAGAACAAGGUUCCUCAUGCUGAGAACAAGUUUCCUCAAGCUGAGCACAAGUUCCCUCACGCUGAGGACAAGGUACCUCACACUGAGGACAAGUUACCUCACGCUAAGGACAAGGUUCCUCUGGCUGAGGACAAGAUACCUCACGCUGAGGACAAGGUACCUCACGCUAAGGACAAGGUUCCUCUGGCUGAGGACAAGAUACCUUACGCUGAGGACAAGGUACCUCACACUAAGGACAAGGUUCCUCUCGCUGAAGACAAGGUACCUCACGUUGAGGACAAGGUUCCUCACGCUGAGGACAAGGUUCGUCACGCUGAGGACAAGGUUACUCAUGCUGAGGACAAGGUACCUCACACUGAGGACAAGGUACCUCACACUGAGGACAAGGUACCUCACACUGAGGGCAAGGUACAUCACACUGAGGACAAGAUACCUCACACAGAGGACAAGGUUCCUCACGCUGAGGACAAUGUUCCUCAUUGUGGCGACAAGGUAACUCACACUGAGGAGGUUCCUCAAGCGGUGGACAAGGUACCUCACUCUGACGACAAGGUACCUCACACUUGGGACAAGGUUCCUGACGCUGAGGACAAGAUUCCCAAAGCGGAGGACAAGGUACCUCAAUCUGAGGACAAGGUACCUUACACUAAGGACAAAGUUCCUCUCGCUGAGGAGAAGGUUCCAAACGCUGAAGACAAGGUUCCUUACGCUGAGAACAAGGUUCCUCACGCUGAGGACAAUGUUACUCACCCUGAGGACAAGGUACCUCACACUGAGGACAAGGAUUCUCAAGAUGAGGACAAGGUACCUCAUCCUGAGGACAAGGUACCUCACACUGAGGGCAAGGUACCUCACCCUGAGGACAAGGUACCUCACACUGAGGACUAGGUUUCUCACGCUGAGGACAAUGAUCCUCAUUGUGGGACAAGGUACCUCACACUGAGAACAAGGUACCUCAAGCUAAGGGCAAGGUACCUCACAAUGAGGACAAGGUACCUCACACUGAGGACAAGGUUCCUGACGCUGAGGACAAGGUUACUCACGCUGAGGACAAGGUUCUUCACGCUGACGACAAAGUUCCUCAAGCUGAGGACAAGGUACCUCACACUGAGGACAAGGUACCUCGCACUGAGGACAAAGUUCCUCACGGUGAGGACAAGGUUCCUCACGAUGAGGACAAGGUGCCUCACGUUGAAGACAAGGUUGCUCAGGCUGUGGACAAGGUUCCUCACGUUGAGGCCAACGUACCUCACACUGAGGACAAAGUAGGUCACACUAAGGACAAGGUUCCUCUCGCUGAGGACAAGGUUCCUCACGCUGAGGACAAGGUUGCUCCCGCUGAGGACAAGGUCCCUCACGCAGAGGACAGGGUUCCUCAUGGUAAGGACAAGGUACCUCACACUGAGGACAAGGUUCCUCAAGCUGAGGACAAGGUACCUUACACUGAGAACAAGGUACAUCACACUGACGACAAGGCUCCUCACGCUUAGAACACGGUUCCUCACGCGGAGGACAAGGUUGCUCACGCUGACGACAAGGUUCCUGACGUCGAGGACAAGGUACUUCACACUGAGGACAAAGUACGUCGCACUCAGGACAAGGUACCUCACACUGAGUGCAAGAUACCUCACACUGAGGACAAGGUUCCUCACGCUGACGACAAGGUUGCUCAGGCUGAGGACAAGGUUCCUCACGUUGAGGACAAGGUUGCUCACGCUGAGGACAAGGUUCCUCACGUUGAGGACAAGGUACCUCACACUGAGGACAAGGUACCUCACACUGAGGACAAAGUACCUCACACUGAGGACAAGGUACCUCACACUGAGGAAAAGAUACCUCACACUGAGGACAAGGUUCCUCACGCUGAGGACAAGGUUCCUCACGCUGAGGACAAGAUUCGUCACGCUGAGGACAAGGUUCCUCAAGCUGAGGACAAGGUACCUCACACUGAGGACAAGGUACCUCGCACUGAGGACAAAGUUCCUCACGAUGAGGACAAGGUUCCUCACUAGGAGGACAAGGUGCCUCACGUUGAGAACAAGGUUCCUCACGCUGAGGACAAGGUUACUCACGCUGAGGACAAGGUACCUCACACUGAGGACAAGGUACCUCGCACAGAGGACAAAGUUCCUCACGAUGAGGACAAGGUUCCCGCGGUGAGGACAAGGUUCUUGGCGGUGACGACAAGGUUCCUGGCGGUCAGGACAAGGUUCGUGGGAGUGGGGACAUGGUUCCUCGCGGUAACGACAUUGUUCCUGGCAGUGAGGACAAGGCUCCUGGCGGUGAGGACAAGGUUCCUGGCGGUGACCACAAGUUACCUGACGGUGAGAACAAGGUUCCUGGCGGUGAGGACAAGGUUCCUUGCGGUGAGCACAAUGUUCCUCGCAGUGAGGACACGGUUCCUGGCGGUGAGGUCAAGGUUCCUGGCGGUGACGCCAAGAUUCCUGGCGGUGAGGACAAGGUUGCUGGCGGUGACGACAUUCUUCCUGGCGGUGAGGACAGGGUUUCUGGCGGUGAGGACAAGGUUCCUGGCAGUCAGGAAUAGGUUCCUGGCGGUGAGGACAAGGUUCUUGGCAGUGAGGACAAGAUUCUAGGCGGUGAGGACAAGAUUUCUGGCGGUGAGGAAAAGGUUCCUGGCGGUGAGGACAAGGGUUUUGGUGGUGAGGACAAGGUCCCUGGCGGUGACGACAAGAUUCCUGCCUGUGACGACAUGGGUCCUGUCGGUGAGGUCAAGAUUCCUGGCGGUGAGCACAAGGUUCCUGGCGGAGAGCACAAGGUUCCUGGCGGUAAGCUCAAGAUCCCAGGCGGUGAAAAGAAGGUUUCUGGCGGUGAGGACAAGCGUUCUGGCGGUGAGGACAAGUUUCCUGGCGGUGUCGACAAGGUUCCUGGCGGUGAAGACAAGGUUCCUUGCAGUGACGACAAGUUUCCAUGGAGUUACGAGAAGGAUCCUGGAGGUGAGCACAAGGUUGCCGGCGGUCAGGACAAGGAUCCUGGUGGUGAGGACAAGGUUCCUGGCAGUGAGGACAAGGUUGCAGGCGGUGAGGACAAUGUUCCUGGCAGUGAGGACAAGGUUGCAGGCGGUGCGGACAAGAUUCCUGGCGGUGAGGACAAGGUUCCUGGCUGUGAAGACAAGGGUUCUGGCGGUGUCGACAAGGUUCCUGGCAGUGGCGACAAGGUUGCUGGCGGUGACGACAAGGUUCCUGGCAGUGGCGACAAGGUUCCUGGCAGUGAGAACAAGGUUCCUGGCGGUGACGGCCAGGUUCCUGCCAGUGACGACAUGGGUCCUGUCGGAGAGGUGAAGUUUGUUGGCGGUGAGGACAAGGUUCCUUGCGGUGAGGACAAGUUUCCAGGCGGUAAGAUCAAGAUUCCUGGCGGUGAGGACAAGGUUCCUGGCGGUGAGGACUAGCGUUCUGGUGGUGAGGACGAGUUUGCUGGCGGUAAAGACAAGGUUCCUGGCGGUGAGGAUAAGGUUACUCGCGGUGAGGACAAGCUUCCUUCCAGUGACGACAAGGUUCCUGACGGUGAGCACAAGGUUCGUGGUGGUCAGAACAAGGAUCCUGGUGGUGACGACAAGGUUCCUGGCAGUGAGGACAAGGUUCCAGGCGGUAAGGACAAGAUUCCUGGCGGUGAGGACAAGGUUCCUGGCGGUGAGGACAAGGGUUCUGGAGGUGAGGACAAGGUUCCUGGCGGUGACGACAAGGUUCCUGGCGAUCAGGACAAGGAUCCUGGCGGUGAGGACACGGUUAUUGGCAGUGAGCACAAGGUUCCAGGCGGUAAGGACAAGAUUCCUGGCGGUGAGGACAAGACUCCUGGCGGUGAGGACAAGGUUCCUGGCAGUGAGGACAAGGGUUCUGGCGGUGAGGACAAGGUUCCUGUCGGUGACGACAAAGUUCCUGCCAGUGACGACAUGGGCCCUGUCGGUGAGGACAAGGUUCCAGGCUGUGAGGACAACGUUCCUGGCGGUGAGGACAAAGUUCCUGGCGGUGACGACAUGGCUCCAGGCGGUGAGGACAAGGUUCUUGGCGGUGACGACAAGGUUCCUGGCUGUCAGGACAAGGUUCGUGGGAGUGGGGACAUGGUUCCUCGCGGUAACGACAUUGUUCCUGGCAGUGAGGACAAGGCUCCUGGCGGUGAGGACAAGGUUCCUGGCGGUGACCACAAGUUACCUGACGGUGAGAACAAGGUUCCUGGCGGUGAGGACAAGGUUCCUUGCGGUGAGCACAAUGUUCCUCGCAGUGAGGACACGGUUCCUGGCGGUGAGGUCAAGGUUCCUGGCGGUGACGCCAAGAUUCCUGGCGGUGAGGACAAGGUUGCUGGCGGUGACGACAUUCUUCCUGGCGGUGAGGACAGGGUUUCUGGCGGUGAGGACAAGGUUCCUGGCAGUCAGGAAUAGGUUCCUGGCGGUGAGGACAAGGUUCUUGGCAGUGAGGACAAGAUUCUAGGCGGUGAGGACAAGAUUUCUGGCGGUGAGAAAAAGGUUCCUGGCGGUGAGGACAAGGGUUUUGGUGGUGAGGACAAGGUUCCUGGCGGUGACGACAAGAUUCCUGCCUGUGACGACAUGGGUCCUGUCGGUGAGGUCAAAAUUCCUGGCGGUGAGGACAAGGUUCCUGGCGGAGAGCACAAGGUUCCUGGCGGUAAGGUCAAGAUCCCAGGCGGUGAAAAGAAGGUUUCUGGCGGUGAGGACAAGCGUCCUGGCGGUGAGGACAAGUUUCCUGGCGGUGUCGACAAGGUUCCUAGCGGUGAAGACAAGGUUCCUUGCAGUGACGACAAGUUUCCAUGGAGUUACGACAAGGAUCCUGGAGGUGAGCACAAAGUUGCCGGCGGUCAGGACAAGGAUCCUGGUGGUGAGGACAAGGUUCCUGGCGGUGACCACAAGUUACCUGACGGUGAGAACAAGGUUCCUGGCGGUGAGGACAAGGUUCCUUGCGGUGAGCACAAUGUUCCUCGCAGUGAGGACACGGUUCCUGGCGGUGAGGUCAAGGUUCCUGUCGGUGACGCCAACAUUCCUGGCGGUGAGGACAAGGUUGCUGGCGGUGACGACAUUCUUCCUGGCGGUGAGGACAGGGUUUCUGGCGGUGAGGACAAGGUUCCUGGCAGUCAGGAAUAGGUUCCUGGCGGUGAGGACAAGGUUCUUGGCAGUGAGGACAAGAUUCUAGGCGGUGAGGACAAGAUUUCUGGCGGUGAGGAAAAGGUUCCUGGCGGUGAGGACAAGGGUUUUGGUGGUGAGGACAAGGUUCCUGGCGGUGACGACAAGAUUCCUGCCUGUGACGACAUGGGUCCUGUCGGUGAGGUCAAAAUUCCUGGCGGUGAGGACAAGGUUCCUGGCGGAGAGCACAAGGUUCCUGGCGGUAAGGUCAAGAUCCCAGGCGGUGAAAAGAAGGUUUCUGGCGGUGAGGACAAGCGUCCUGGCGGUGAGGACAAGUUUCCUGGCGGUGUCGACAAGGUUCCUAGCGGUGAAGACAAGGUUCCUUGCAGUGACGACAAGUUUCCAUGGAGUUACGACAAGGAUCCUGGAGGUGAGCACAAAGUUGCCGGCGGUCAGGACAAGGAUCCUGGUGGUGAGGACAAGGUUCCUGGCAGUGAGGACAAGGUUGCAGGCGGUGAGGACAAUGUUCCUGGCAGUGAGGACAAGGUUGCAGGCGGUGCGGACAAGAUUCCUGGCGGUGAGGACAAGGUUCCUGGCUGUGAAGACAAGGGUUCUGGCGGUGUCGACAAGGUUCCUGGCAGUGGCGACAAGGUUGCUGGCGGUGACGACAAGGUUCCUGGCAGUGGCGACAAGGUUCCUGGCAGUGACGAAAAGGUACCUGGCGGAGACAACAAGAUUCCUGGAGGUGACGACAAGGUUCCUGGCGGUGACGACAAGGUUCCUGGGGGUGAAGACAAGAUUCCUGGCGGCGAAGACUAGGUUCCUGGCGGUGAAGACAAGGGUUCUGGCGGUGACGACAAGGUUCCUGGCAGUGGCGACAAGGUUCAUGGCGGUGAGGACAAUGUUCCUGGCGGUGAGGACAAGAUUCGUGGCAGUGAGGACAAGGUUCAUGGCGGUCAGGUCAAGGUGCCUGGCAGUGAGGACAAGGUUCCUGGCAGUGAGGACAAGGUUCCUGGCGGUGAGGACAAGGUUACUGGCAGUGAGGAAAAGGUUUCUGGCGGUGAGGACAAGGUUCUUGGCGGUGACGGCAACGUUCCUGGCGGUGAGGACAAGGUUCCUGGCGGUGAGAACAAGGAUCCCGGCAUUGAGAACAAGGUUCUUGGCGGUGGGGACAAGGUUCCUGGCCGUGAGGACAAGGCUCCUGGCAGCGAGGACAAGGUUUCUGGCGUUGAGGACAAGUUUCCUGGCGGUGAGGACAAGGUUCCAGGCGGUGAGGACAAGAUUCCUCGCGGUAAGGACAAGGUUCCUGGCGGUGAGGAGAGGGGUUCUGGCGGUGAGGACAAGGUUCCUGGCGGUGACGACAAGGUUCCUGGCAGUGACGACAUGGGCGCUGUCGGUGAGGACAAGGUUCCAGGCUGUGAGGACAAGGUUCCUGGCGGUGAGGACAAAGUUCCUGGCGGUGACGACAUGGUUCCUGGCGUUGAGGACAAGGCUCCUGGAGGUGAAGACAAGGUUCCGGGCGGUGACGACAAGGUUCCUGGCGGAGACAACAAGGUUCCUGGCGGAGACAACAAGGUUCCUGGCGGCGAGGACAAGGUUCCUGGCGGUGGCGACAAGGUUCCUGGCGGUGACGACAAGGUUCCUGGCGGUGACGACAAGGCUCCUGGAGGUGACGACAAGGUUCCGGGCGGUGACGACAAGGUUCCUGGCGGUGACGACAAGAUUCCUGGCGGUGACGACAAGGUGCCUGGUGGAGAGGACAAGGUUCCUGGCGGUGGCCACAAGGUUCCUGGCGGUGAACAAAAGGUUUCUGGUGGUGACGACAAAGUUCCUGGCGGUGAUGACAAGGUUCCUGGCGGUGACGACAAGGUUCCUGGCGGUGACGACAAGGUUCCUGGCGGUGAGGACAAAGUUCCUUGCGGUGAGGACAAUGUUCCUGGCGGUGAGGACACGGGUUCUGGCGGUGAGGACAAGGUUGCUGGCGGUGACGACGAAGUUCCUUACAGUGACAACAUGGGUCCUGUAGGUGAAAUCAAGGUCCCUGGUGGUGAGGACAAGAUUCCUGGCGGUGACGACAAGGUUCCUGGCGGUGACGACAGGGUUCCUGGCGGUGAGGACAAGUUUCCUGCCUGUGACGAGAAGGUUCCUGGCGGUGAGGACAAGGUUCCUGGUGGUGACGACAAGGCUCGUGGCGGUCAGCACAAGGUUCCUGGCGGUCAGGACAAGGAUCCUGGUGGUGAGGACAUGGUUCCUGGCAGUGAGGACAAGGGUCCAGGCGGUGAGGACAAGAUUCCUGGCGGUGAGGGCAAGGGUUCUGGCAGUGAGAACAAAGUUCCUGGCGUUGACGGCCAGGUUCCUGCCAGUGACGACAUGGGUCCUGUCGGAGACGUGAAGUUUCUUGGCGGUGUGGACAAGGUUCCUUGCGGUGAGGACAAGGUUCCAGGCGGUAAGAUCAAGAUUCCUGGCGGUGAGGACAAGGUUCCUGGCGGUGAGGACUAGCGUUAUGGUGGUGAGGACGAGUUUGCUGGUGGUAAAGACAAGGUUCCUGGCGGUGAGGAUAAGGUUACUCGCGGUGAGGACAAGCUUCCUUCCAGUGACGACAAGGUUCCUGGCGGUGAGCACAAGGUUCCUGGUGGUCAGGACAAGGAUCCUGGUGGUGACGACAAGGUUCCUGGCAGUGAGCACAAGGUUCCAGGCGGUAAGGACAAGAUUCCUGGCGGUGAGGAAAAGGUUCCUGGCGGUGAGGACAAGGGUUCUGGCGGUGACGACAAGGUUCCUGGCAGUGGCGACAAGGUUGCUGGCGGUGACGACAAGGUUCCUGGCAGUGGCGACAAGAUUCCUGGCAGUGACGAAAAGGUACCUGGCGGAGACAACAAGGUUCCUGGCGGUGACGACAAGGUUCCUGGCGUUGACGACAAGGUUCCUGGCGGUGAAGACAAGGUUCCUUGCAGUGACGAGAAGGUUCCAGAGAGUUACGACAAGGAUCCUGGAGGUGAGCACAAAGUUGCCGGCGGUCACGACAAGGAUCCUGGUGGUGAGGACAAGGUUCCUGGCAGUAAGGACAAGGUUGCAGGCGGUGAGGACAAGGUUCCUGGCAGUGAGGACAAGGUUGCAGGCGGUACGGACAAGAUUCCUGGCGGUGAGGACAAGGUUCCUGGCGGUGAAGACAAGGGUUCUGGCGGUGACAACAAGGUUCCUGGCAGUGGCGACAUGGUUGCUGGCGAUCACGACAAGGUUCCUGGCAGUGGCGACAAGGUUCCUGGCAGUGACGAAAAGGUACCUGGCGGAGACAACAAGGUUCCUGGCGGUGACGACAGGGUUGCUGGCGGUGAGGACAGGUUUCUUGGCUGUGACGGGAAGGUUCCUGGCUGUGAGGACAAGGUUCCUGGCGGUGACGAUAAGGUUCGUGGCGGUCAGCACAAGGUUCCUGGCUGUCAGGAGAAGGUUCCUGGUGGUGAGGACAUGGUUCCUGGCAGUGAGGACAAGGUUCCAGGCGGUGGGGACAAGAUUCCUGGCGGUGAGGGCAAGGGUUCUGGCAGUGAGAACAAGGUUCCUGGCGGUGACGACAAGGUUUCUGCCAGUGACGAAAUGGGUCUUGUCGGAGAGGUGAAGUUUCUUGGCGGUGAGGACAAGGUUCCUUGCGGUGAGGACAAGGUUCCAGGCGGUAAGAUCAAGAUUCCUGGCGGUGAGGACAGGUUUCUUGGCUGUGACGAGAAGGUUCCUGGCGGUGAGGACAAGGUUCCUGGCGGUGACGAUAAGGUUCGUGGCGGUCAGCACAAGGUUCCUGGCUGUCAGGAGAAGGUUCCUGGUGGUGAGGACAUGGUUCCUGGCAGUGAGGACAAGGUUCCAGGCGGUGGGGACAAGAUUCCUGGCGGUGAGGGCAAGGGUUCUGGCAGUGAGAACAAGGUUCCUGGCGGUGACGACAAGGUUUCUGCCAGUGACGACAAGGUUUCUGCCAGUGACGACAUGGGUCUUGUCGGAGAGGUGAAGUUUCUUGGCGGCGAGGACAAGGUUCCUUGCGGUGAGGACAAGGUUCCAGGCGGUAAGAUCAAGAUUCCUGGUGGUGAGGACAAGGUUCCUGGCGGUGAGGUCAAGGUUCCUGGCGGUGAGGACAUGAUUCGUGUCGGUGACGACAAGGUUCCUGGCGGUGACGACUGGGUUCCUGGCGGUGACGACAAGUUUCCUGGCUGUGACGAGAAGGUUCCUGGCGGUGACGACAUGGGCCUGUCGUUGAGGACAAGGUUCCAGGCGGCGAGGACAAGGUUCCUGGCGGUGACGACAAGGUUCCUGGCGGUGACGACAAGGUUCCUGGCGGUCAGGGCAAGGUUCCUGGGGGUGGGGACAAGGUUGGUGGCGGUGACGACAAGGUUCCUGGCGGUCAGGACAAGGAUCCUGGUGGUGAGGACAUGGUUCCUGGCAGUGAGGACAAUGUGCCAGGCGGUGGGGACAAGAUUCCUGGCGGUGAGGUCAAGGGUUCUGGCAGUGAGAACAAG